GUUGUAAUAUGAUAAUAUAUACAACACAAUGUGUGAUAAUACCGUAAUAAAGACGAAGACGAUGAUGACAGUUGAAUUCUUUUCUUUUGCUCCGUUUUGACAUUUGACGAGUCAAUAUGGCGUCCUCGUCACAGAGAGUUCGCAAUUUUUUCGUGGUUAUUUUAGCGGGCUUCGCAUUCUCUCGCUACUCCGCAAAGUCGUGUAUUUCGUGACUCGGAUUCGGUGAAUUGAAUUCUUCUUAUGGAGGAAUUCGAUGAUUGACGCGAUCUUGGAUUAAUAGCGAUUAUUCUCGAUUUUAAUGCGCAAUCUUGGCGACAGGUAGUGUUGAGCCAGUGUAUUAGUAUUUCUCUACUUCCGCGUGCGAAAUUAUUAUUACGUAAUCAUAAUAUUUAAAAUCCUAUCACACCUGAGCGAUCCUGGCAGCGAUAUUCCUCUACCGAAUGUUCUGUUUCGUUUAAGAAAGUGUCCGAGAAAGUGUACGGUUUCUUUUUAUACAGUUAGUUUUGCGCACAAUUCACGUGACGUUAUUUUGACAGAAGAGAAAUUUUUUUUUCAUGUUAUAUCAUCCCCUCAUUUGUUAGAUAUUUAAUAUGCGCGGAUAUCACUUGAAAUAUUUAAAAAAUGAUGUAAAAUAUGUCAAAAUGUUCAUGCAUUCUUCUUAAUGUUGCCCUUUAAAGGUUGUGAAUGCACAAACGGCUAAUGUUCUAUAAGAAGUCAAUAGAAUAAAAAAAAGAUCAGAAAUUGUUAAAUGACAGCAGAAGUAUAAAAUGUAUGAAUCUCCAAGAAGUCUUCAAGAGGUUUGCAUCGACUUCAUCUGCGGUAACGUUCUAGGCUUGUGUGAGGUUCAUCUUGGUGAUACAAGUGUACAUUCUUCCACUACUCCCAAUAAUAGCACUGUUUCCGGUAGAAGAUCAUCUAAUGAUGCUUGCUCCAACUUUGCAACUCGGCUCACCUUUAGGCAUCCGGAUGCUUUUCUACCAGCCGAAGUAUCGGAACAAUUAUUAUCCAACUUAUGUGAAAAGAAAACUUUGUCCGACUUGACAAUUACACUAUUUGACUCCAAGACCACUAGAUUAAGGCAUGUACGACUGAAAGAUGCGUCGACAUUAUCAGCUAAAGGCUUAAGUGUUCUUAAGCAACAUAAAGUUAUAGAUUUAAUAGUAAAUGGACUUAAAAUAACUGUUAAUGAGUUAAUUAGCUGUUUAGGUGAUUGGAGUAUACAAAAUCUUAGGUCGCUAAGUGUAGCUAAAGGAAGCUUUAUGGAUUUUUCAAGACAACGCAUGGUAGAUAUUGCAACAUUAAACAAAUUAAAGGCACUUCACACCUUGAAUGUCUCAGGAACAGAAUUUAAUAAACAUGGUUUGGACAUAGUAGUCGAAGAUCUUCCCCUUUUAGAGAGCUUAGAUAUAUCUUGUACAAGAGUUGACGAUGUAACACCAUUAAGGAAAUGUAAAGAUCGUUUAAGGACAUUAAAUAUGUACAAUUUAAAGAUAAGUGGAUGUGCAAAUUUAAUACCAGUAUUACUGGAGUUAAAUGAAUUAAGGCAUUUAGACAUUUCUGAUGAGAAAGAUUCACAGGGUUUUGAAGUGUUUGCACCAACUAAGCCAAAAUUAACAGAUUUUCUAAGAGCUCUUAAUUGUAUGCCUUAUUUGACAACUUUAGAUUUGUCUGGUAAAGAUGAUAUAAAUUCGAAAGAUUUAAAAAAUUUUAUUGCAUCACAUGUACAUUUGAGGUUUCUGGGGCUGGUGCAUUCUGAUACUUGUUAUGAUGAAAGUUUCAUAGAUUCAACACAUGAAGAUUAUAAAUCCGAACUUGUUAUUAGUGGUACAGCAACAGAGCCUCAAAUUUUGGAAGCCCUUAGAAGAUAUAUAUACAGACCAAUAUAUCUUCAAAAGUGUUUGUUUAAUUUAUUUCGUUUGACACCAAAUUUUCUCGAACCACGAGUUGAUGUGAUAAAAUUAGUGUUACCUGGAAUGAGAGAGCAUCCACAGGAGUUCCGUGUACAAAUGGCAGCCACUGCGUGUAUUUAUAAUCUCACCAAGGGUGAAUUAGCUCUUAUGAUUCAUCCGUCGAUACUUAAACAGAUAGUUGAAUUGACAUUAUUAGCAAUGGAAUCAUAUCCAACUAAUCAUCAACUUCAAAAAAACACACUAUUGACUUUAUGCAGCGAUAGAAUCCUACAAGAUGUUGCAUUUGAUAAAUAUAGAUGUGCAAGAUUAGUUAUGAAUUGCCUAUCAACAUUUGACGAUGCAUCUAUGAAUCGUAUGUCUGUGGCCAUUUGCUCAAUAUUAGCAGCAAAAAUAUCGACUGUGGAAACGUCUAUGCUUGGCGCACAACCACAAUAUAUGUUGAAAUUGCUUGCAAUGGUUAGAUCUAAAGUUGAGUCUAAACUAGUAGAUAUUACAAUGAAAUUUACAUUAAGCGCUUUAUGGAAUUUAACGGAUGAAAGCGCUAUUACAUGCAAAGUCUUUCUCGACGAAGGUGGAAUGGAAUUAUUUCUUGAGGUGUUGGAUAGCUUUCAAGGAGAAUCUAGUGUAGAAACUAAGGUACUUGGUCUGCUAAACAAUAUUGCAGAGGUCGAUCACUUGAGACCACGACUUAUGCAGCCUCGAUUUAUAAAAAUGCUUUCUAUGCUGCUCGACUCUGAGCACAUUGAUGUAUCCUAUUUUGCAGCUGGUAUUGCUGCACAUUUGCUUAGUGAUGGUCCUCGAGCUUGGUAUAGUAUGCCAUCGGAGCCGAGUAGGGAGCAGUUGUUGGAUCAAUUGGUUCAUGCUGUAACUCAUUGGCAAACACCACAAGGAGAAAUGGUUGCUUAUCGUAGCUUUCAACCAUUUUUUCCACUAUUACGUUGUACAGAUGCAUAUCCUGUUCAGCUCUGGGCAGUAUGGGCAAUUCAUCAUGUAUGCACAAAGAAUCCAAAACGCUAUUGUGCAAUGUUAAUUAGAGAAGGAGGAGUAGAAACGUUAAAACAACUCGAGAAGACCCAUACAGAAUAUACAAAACAAGAAACUUUUACAACUUUUCUGCAAAGUUUAUGUCAAUCAAUUUUGGAAACCCUCGAAUUAAAUUCCUAACAAUAGCUCUGUUGCUUUUUAAAAUCUAAAGAUUAAAUGUUAUGAUAUGCUAGUCAAUGUCUGUUUUAGUGCAAUCCUAUAUCCUGUUCUUUAGACCAAAUAAAUAUAAAAAUGAUAUGGCCGUGAAUAUUCAGAAAGACAGAUUCUGCAAUCAAAUCACAAAUCCAAAAUAUUUUAAUUGCAGUUGAGUUAAUAUUUCGAGGUAUGUGUAUGUGUGUGUGUGCGUGUGUGAGACUCAUUAGAACUGACGAGAUUGGAAGAUCUGAAUUGAGAAAUAAAUAUAUCUCUGUUA